UAAGGUUUACAAGAACCACACGCAGAAAAGGCAGGGCCAGGCCCGGACGCCCCGCCUCCUGCCUCCCGGCCCGGCGGUGCCCGGAUGCCCGGUCUGUGCCCACAGCGCAGCCACACACGACCUCCGUCCCGUACUUUGCGCACUCUCCUGCACCGCCGCAGCCAUUUCGCUCAAGAGCUGCUCCACGACCGCCGGCAAUACAACGGCCAUCGCUCCGCAGGACACACCCUCCUCAAAAGGCAGACCGCCCCAACCCGCCAGCAGACAGCGCCGACAAGCGGAGGAUCCCAGCAGCUCGCCCGCCGGGGCAGGUCGAGACGGAGUGACGUCGGCGUGCGUCAUCGCGCGUGCGGACGCAACGGUGUCUUGCUCAAUCGUCACAGCCGGGCCAAUCCGGAGGGCGCUCGGCGCGGGCGCCAGGGCGGGGGCUAGGAUUGCGCCCGGCCUGCAGUGCGCAGAGGAAGCGGCUGGAGUAUGUACCGGCUCCUGAGCCGGAGCUUGGGCCGAGGCCUCCUGCGGGCCUGGGGGCGGCGGUGCCGGGGCUGCUCGGCGCGCCUACUCCCGGGGCUGGCAGGAGGCCCGGGACGCGAGGUCCAGGUGCCGCUAUGCCGAGUUGCGCCGCACGGCAGGGGCCCGGGCCUGCUGCCGCUGCUGGCAGCGCUCGCCGGGUUUUCGAGUCCCGCUGUGGCAGAGGAGGAGGAGCAGCAGGGAACCGACGGGGCCGCCGCCGAGGACGGGGCGGACGAGGCCGAGGCCGAGAUCAUCCAGCUGCUGAAGCGAGCCAAGUUGAGCAUCAUGAAAGAUGAGCCAGAAGAGGCUGAGUUAAUUUUGCAUGAUGCUCUUCGUCUCGCCUAUCAGACUGAUAACAAGAAGGCCAUCACUUACACUUAUGAUCUGAUGGCCAACUUAGCAUUUAUACGGGGUCAGCUUGAAAAUGCUGAACAGCUUUUUAAAGCAACAAUGAGUUACCUCCUUGGAGGGGGCAUGAAGCAGGAGGACAACGCAAUAAUUGAAAUCUCCCUAAAGUUGGCCAGUAUCUAUGCUGCACAGAAUAGACAGGAAUUUGCUCUUGCUGGCUAUGAAUUCUGCAUUUCAACUCUAGAGGAAAAAAUUGAAAGAGAAAAGGAAUUAGCAGAAGACAUUAUAUCAGUGGAAGAGAAAGCCAAUACCCACCUCCUCCUGGGCAUGUGCUUAGACGCCUGUGCUCGCUACCUUCUGUUCUCCAAGCAGCCAUCACAGGCACAAAGGAUGUAUGAAAAAGCUCUGCAGAUUUCUGAAGAAAUACAAGGAGAAAGACACCCACAGACGAUUGUGCUGAUGAGUGACCUGGCUACUACCCUGGAUGCACAGGGCCGCUUUGAUGAGGCCUAUAUUUAUAUGCAAAGGGCAUCAGAUCUGGCAAGACAGAUCAAUCAUCCUGAGCUACACAUGGUACUCAGUAAUCUAGCUGCAGUUUUGAUGCACAGAGAACGAUAUACACAAGCAAAAGAGAUCUACCAGGAAGCACUGAAGCAAGCAGAGCUGAAGAGAGAUGAAAUUUCUAUACAGCACAUCAGGGAAGAGUUGGCUGAGCUGUCAAGGAAAAGUAUACCUUUGACUUAAAUUGUCAAGCUCUAAAUCCAUUUUUGUGUAGGGAGAAUAAUGUCUAGUAAUGCAGAAGAAUAGCUAUUAUUCCUGUCUCUGUGGCACCCAAAUCAAUGGCUUAAAUCUGUCGUUUUUGGUAUUCAGGUUUCCUCAAUUUUGCCUUAGUGAAGGACGAGUUAUAUACACUGCCGUUUUUGUAUUAGGAAAAAUGACUUUCAUUCUCAAUGAUUAUGAUCUUUCAGGACUGCUAUUAAGUAAUGGUUUCAGUUGUAACAUAUUGACUAGAUGCUGUCCCUGCUGGUCUAAGUAGAACUGUAGAUUAAUAUGGGCUGGCUUUCCUGUGGGCUGUGGGUGUGGUGAUUCAGCCCGGCAUUUCUAUCAUCAGUUUGUGGUCUACUGAUUUCCUGCCCUCUCUUCUCUUUAUCACUAUCUGGCAAACUGACCAGAAUUAUUACCUUUCUCAUGGCAAAGGGGGAUUAUGGUGAGUUUUUCUUAUAAUCUGUUUCAUGCACCACAAUGGAAUUUAAUGCAUAAAAGAGAAAAAGUAAGUUUCCUACCAGCAUCCAGCACAAAAUUUUAAAGUGGGAAUUGGGCAUGUGACAGUAUAUAGCACCCAAAUUUUAUUUGAAUUUAAAUAAAAGUGAACCAUAUGUAUCUGGUUAUAUAAAACUACUUAAAAAUAGGGGUGGGCUAGAAGGAAUGAUGUAACCUUUUGUCGAUGUUAUCUGAGCACUCUACUUCCCAGCCUUAGUCACACAACUGAGUCACCUCAAGUACUCUUUAAAGACACACACACCCAGGGCUGAGUCAGAAUAGGGCCCUACAGGUGUAUUUCAAAACUUCUUGUAAUUCUGAUGUGUACUGCUGGUAUAGUUGAACUACUGACGUGGAUCUUAGUCCUAGCCUUUUUGCUUUUGUGAUUUCAGUAUCUUCAUCUGUGAAGUAGGGAAACACUGAGAUUCUUUCUUAGCCAUGGGAGAAGGUAUUUGAUUAGAUGACUUUGAAUGAAUAGACUGCUGUGCUAAAAGAGCUUAUCACAUUGCCGCAAAAAGUAUGUAAAGAUACACAGGUGGAUGCUCUUACCUCAGCAGUUGUACAAAUAUAUCUUGAGCCAUUUACCUAAGGGAAAAGACAGUUUUUCUAGGCACCAUGAAGGAAUACUGAAACUGUUGGUAUGCCUGUGUGGGUGGGAUGUGAGUGGGACUGAUAAACUGAUAUUUUUGGUUCGUAUGUACAUACUGGAAGAAUCUUUUCGUAAUAAACGAGACUACACAACAAUA